GAAGCAUUUUUCCUGGCCGCCAGUUUCUCACGCAUGCAGCCUGCUCGUCUUCCACCUCCGGCCAUCUUCCUCCCUCUGCUCCUGCUCGUCCAUGGAGCCCUGGUGACCGCGCCCCUCACAUGGACGCGCCCCCUGCUCGUGAUCUCCCCAGGACCGAGUGCCCCUCCCCAACUCUCCUACACCCUCAAGUCGAGUGGGCUCUCUCCAUGGAUGAAGCUUAGGCACCGAUGCUCUCCUUCUCUAGUUCGUCAUGUCAGCUUGGUGCCCUCUCUCCCAUGGCCAAGCCUGAGGUCCCUACCUCGACCUCCACAUCGGCCUCCAUGGCGCUCUUCUCCCUGGGCACCCAGACGUGUGCGCCCCCUUCCCUGCUCUUGCCGCGGCGAGCUCCUUCCCUCCAAGCACCAGUCCUGAACGCCAGGCCACAGGCCAUAGCUCCUGCGCGCUUGUCCGCAGCCAGGUUCGUGUAGCCACCGUGGAGCUCGAUCAGCCUUCUUCCCCACCGUGCUACGCUAGAUCCGAGCUCCCAUGGUGCAGGCGCCCCUUCCCCCAUCAGAUCCAUGGCGCCAUGUCUCCCAGUUGGCCUCCUCUGCCCAGCGCCACCCCUUCCUUUCCCUAGGCGCAUAAAGCUCUCCCCCACGCAGUCCAGCUCCAGGCCAGACCCAAUUCGCCCAACCCCUGCUCGCCCAGAGCUUCUUCGCCCCAAAUCCGGCCAUCCCCGCCUUGCCGUGGAGUUCCUCGAGCAGCCCCACCUGGCCACCAUCCUCCCCAGGUCGGCCUCCCUUUUUUAUUUUGUGCAGUUCGCCAUCCCCUUGUAACACGCACUGUCUUCCUCUGCGCAUGUUCGGUUCCAUGGAGGGCAGCCGAACCCUUUCUCCAUGGCCGCCAAUCGUCCUACUCCUUUCGUCUGGUGUGCUUGACGCCUGGUGCUUCGACCUCGAUGGCUUCCCCUGCGAGCGACACCUCUGCUCGGCUCCCUCUCCUGGCAGCGAGCUCCUCUGUAGGCACCGACCCACAGCAGCAGGGAGCCUCCAAUGGCAUUUGUUUCCCCAAGGCUCGCCCCGUCAACAGCCAUCGACCUCGUGCAGCAGCCGCGACGCCAGUUCGCACAGCCACGUGGAUCUCCCUUGUGUCGUGCCCUCGGCAUGCUCGAUGUAAUGCCAAAGCAGCAGCAGCAGCGACGCCCUCCGUUGCGUCGUGCUCGCUAGAUCGGGCCUCACGUCGUCGAUCUGCGCAGCGUCUGCGCGUCGUCGUCGAAACCCGCGCCCCUUGUCGUCGUCACGCUUCGCACGUCGUUUCUCGACAGGAAGCCAAACCGACAUGCAUGCAUGCACAACUCCACUCGGGUUUUAGCCAGGUACCUCCUUGAUUUGGUUGAUGGUGUGACUUGGCCUUCAUCCCUGCCACCGGGAUAGACGGUCGAGUGGGUUACUGCUUCCGCAGGAGAGGACCAGGAGGAGUAGCGUGGAUAGGCUUCGCCAUGUUACUCGGUUUCUCCGUUAGUUAUUUCCGCUGCAUUAAAAACUAUUGUUACUAUUUCUGAUACUCUGAUAAUGUAAUUACUACUGAUAAUUAUUAAAUUUGUGGUAUUAUGCUUUAUUGUAUUUCUCUAUGCCUCACCUUCGAGUGAGCUAGUGGUAUUCGAUCCUGG